AUGAAACAGCUUCACUUCAGACACCUGGUGAAUUUCGUUCUUCCAGAGAAGCGUAUGAAGGAGAUCGCCUCAAGCUACGAUGUAGUGGAUGGACCAAAUGAUGAAGGGGAGAUGUUUACUCGGCCGGGUAUCCUCGUGGAUGCCUUUCCAUCACCUUAUCCAAACGAGGAGUCUGCUCGCUACGCCAAUGGUGGCGCGAAUCCGCCAGAUCUCAGCGUGUACACCACCGCAAAGCAUGAAGGACUGGACUACAUUUUUGCCUUGUUGCUGGGCUACCGAGACCCUCCCGCUGGCAUCGAAGUUCGCGACGGGCUGUACUACAAUGUGUACUUCCCUGGAGGCCUGAUCGGAAUGCCGAGCCCUUUGCACUCAGAUGGCCUGGUUGAUUAUGAGGACGGCACUCCAUGCACAAAGUCGCAGAUGGCCAAGGAUGUUGUGAAUUUCCUCUGCUGGGCCGCAGAACCGGCACACGAUGAGCGCAAACUGGUCGGCUUGAAGGCGAUGUCCGCUCUCUUCUGCGGUACGUUCGUUGUUGGAUUCUGGUACCGCAGUAUGUGGAUCGGGUUCAAAACCAGACGAAUUGAUUUCACAAAGGCCGUCAUGUGA